AUGAAAUAUAUCAACUUUUCAAUUCUUGCUACGGCUUUUGCCUUGUCCAGCAGUGUCUAUGCCGCUCCAUCUGGGCAGCAAAAAGAUAUUCCAUCUGGUCCAGAUACAACGGCUACCAUUUCCCAGGAAGAAAACAGUCAAAAUAAACAAGCGUUUGUCUCCGAAUUGGUGGAACUAGCUGGAACGGAGCUGCAGAGUACUGAAAAGCUUGUCAUUGAUGACGAAAGAUACAAUCCCGAUCUCAAACAAGACUAUUUUGUCAUUGAUGGUGAUCAGGCUUAUAAAAAAGGAGACUAUUGGGGACGAGAUGCAUUUGUUGCAGUGUUGCUCGAAUAUAUUCCUAAACCACCGAGUAUGGAUGAGCAGCCUGAAACUCCUAGUACUCCCACUCAACCUGGACUGUUUAGCGGACUUUGGUCGAUGAUCUGGCCUGAAGAAAAAAAACCAUUAGAUCCUCCAAAAUCUCUUAAACAGAAAAUUGACGAAUAUCAUGCAUCGGUCAAGUUGCUCUCUGGCAAAUAUCUUUCGUGGACUGAAAAAGUAUUGCAGUAUAUCAGCCAGAUGGAUGUUAAAGACACUAGCGCUCCAUCAUUAAAACUGAUCAAGGAACUCAAAAUGCAUACUCAGAUACUUUAUAAUGCGUUUGAGACUGAACAAGAAGAUAUGCAACGUUCAGCCAAUAUUUUCAAAAAUGGUCCAAAGCUUGAACUUCUCAAAUCAAUCAAAUAUCUAAUGGCCAAUCAUCAAAAAUAUGUUCAAAAGAUAUUGGGUCAAAUUAAACAGCUGCUAAACCAGUAUCUACUCACUGACCAGCAUCACACUAUUGAACUGAAUCCUGUGCUUGAUGGCUGGUUCAAGUCUUACGAUGAAAUGAGUGUCAAAGCGUAUACAUUGCUCAAAUAA